AUGCAUAACAAGAGUAGUAAUAAUCGUCCUUUGUCGCGUAUAAUCACGCUCAGUACCCGUGCUGCUCGAGCCAACAGCGCUGCAAGAAAUGCAUUGAACAAUGCAGCAAGCAAUGGUACGAAUAGCCCAUCGAAUGCUGCUCGCGAGACCCGGGCUUCUCGAACCCGGGCUGCAGCCCCUGCUGCAGUUGCGCCACCCGCGGCCGCACCAAGUCAGUUUGACGGAACAACCUUGAAUGUGCCUGAAACCCCGCGGUCUAAGAGGGUCAGACGAGGUCCGGUAGUCGAGGAAACUCCAAGAAGUACGAGACAGUCUGCUAGACUACGGUCCCACGUCAACAUAUCUGUUAACGAGAACGCCUCCGCUGAAGCAGCCAUUACCAAACACUUUGAAGCAAGCCCCUCCAAGGGGGUUACUCCUAGUAGUAGGACUAGGAAUAGAAGCCGACAAGCUGCGGAUGCUGCACCUGACACUACUCAAAGUAGUGUGAACUCUAACGUAACCACCGAUAUGAGGCAUCCGUCCCCGGAAGACAUUAUUCCAGAAACUGUCGAAGCAUUUAAACAAACAGAAGACGAUCAAGAUCCGCAUGUAUCCAUGGAAUCGUCCCAAACUGUAGGGGAAUUACCGACGGACUCCACGCACCAGGAGUACAAUCAUGAAACUGAUGAUAUGAACAUCCAGGAGGUCGAGGGUAUGCCUAGUCCUGCGAAGACUUCCUGUUCAUCUGGUUCUCGAAAGCGCAGAUCUUCGGAGCCAGAAAACAAAGGAACUACGGAGUUUACUAGUAUUCUUGAUCUUCCUCACCAAAAACUGAAACUCGAGGAUGGGGAGCUCGAUCAUACGGCAGAACAGCCUUUACAGGGCAGUGCCGUUAUCAAAAAUGUGUCGCGCUCCCCCGACGAUGAAGCGGAAGAAUCUAAAGUUGGCGAUGAAUCCCGUCAAAUCACAGAAGAUAUUGAAGAAUCAACCCCAGAGCAUACCACAGAACCCAUAAUUGGGAAGGCAGUUCGUGGCGGGCGUAGUCGAGGACGAGGCCGCGGUGGGCGUAGCAGAGCUGCUGCACGCUCCGGCUCAAGCAAACGAGGUCGUGGCGCUGCUCGUGCUGCUCGUGGUGGGCGCACUGGGCGCCAAUAUGAUCGAUCAAGUGAUGUUGAACACGACCGUUCUCCUUCCCCUAGUGCAGCCACCCAAAAGCUCCGGGAUCGACAACGGGAACUGGACAAAGCAUUUAGGAAGGUUGCAGCUGCCCAACGAUUGGCUUUGGCUGUUUUAGCUUCACAGUCUCAGAAAAAGCUUUCCCGCGAUAAGAACGCUCACAAAAUUGUACCUGAGUAUGAAGAAAUUAACUCACUCCUAAAGACGAGGCUCGACAAGAGGUUGGAGGUUUUCCGCCAUGAAUAUGAGCUCCGAGUUGAGCAAGAAAAUAGGCUUUUCGCUGCUAAUAGAGAAGCAAUCGAAGAAAGAUUUCGAGUAAGUCUGACACUUCAUUUGAUACUUUGCUUUUUUGGAGCUGCUGUUGAUGACAAACGGUUACAGGCCUCAGCUCGGUAUAUCAAAGAGGAACAUUUCUUUGCAAGUCAGGGAGAAUAUAUGGCAUUUGUGGAGGGCCGACGUGCUGCAGAGGAUGAUGAGCACACUGAAGUAUGCCAGCUUUUGUAUUCAGGAUCGUUAUGCAAAUGCAAUAGGCUAAUAUGGUCCCAGACUGAUGGCUCUGAAACCGAGCCUGAGCGUGUUAUUCCACCUGCAAAAGAAGUCGUGAGGGGUUUUAAUUCUUCCUUUGUACGGAAUCCCGCUGGUGCUGCUUCCUACGACCGUGCUAGGUAUGGCUGGGAUGAUUUCGUCCAGCGUGCUAAGUUAGGCGAUGAUAUCGACCCGCAGAUGAAGGAGAUGAGGGAAGCCGGACCGUUUGCUGGCUUUUCUGCCCGAGAAAUCAUAGACCUCUUACUAGAGGCGACUGGUAUCGUUGAGGUGCGCCAGAAAGCUAGUGUGGAGACACAGCGCAAGCCUGCAUUCCCUGAUACGCGCCCGACAGCCUUAUUCGCAUUGGCUGAUGUGGCAGCCGCUGAGCUCCCUCGUCCUACCAUAUCCCAAACCACACCGCGACUUUCGGCGCACAGAGCUCUCCUCCCGCAGCCUUCACAGGUGGCUCACGGGCCGACAGAUCCUCGAUCUUUUGUGCUGCCUCCCCCCACACCCCAACGGCAACAGCCCCGUCGGCUCCUCCCUGCCGGGCAGCAAAUUCCGCCCAUCAGUGAGCAACUUGGUCUCCCAGAUCCAUUCGCGAGCAGGGGUGGUCCUCCACAGCUUCCUCCUCCUCCGGGGUCUAACUUCCAACGGCCUCCACUACCUAAUUAUUUGGCAGGUCAUCAUCCACAGAGUUUGUAUUAUCCGGCGCCACCGCCGCCUACAGCUCCGCCACCUCCUGGUCCUCGCCCUCCAUAUUAG